GGGAAGGUUGUUUCUGAACGGAAAUGUGCGCUCAAUUGAAAGUUAUUGGCUUGCCGGAUCUCCAGGAGUUUCAAGGACUCUACAAACAAGACUGGCCAAAAUAUUGCCAGGAAUAUUACUGUCUGGAUAAUUUUAUAGAAUUUUUGAAGAAACAACCCUAUAUGAAGAACUUGCGAAUUUAUACUCUGGAUAUGCAACAAGCUAGAGAGGCGGGUCUUUUUGUUAUAGUGGAUCGCUAUCAACUGUUUGUGGGCAGUUUAAACAACGCAAAUGGUCUUGUUGGAAGAGCACUGGAUUUAUUGGACUGGUCGAUGGGUUUGAAAUGCAGUUCUAUCCCCUUCAGGCAUGUUGAUGCCUUGGAGGGUAUUGUCGAGUCAAAAAAGUUAAGCUUGGUGUUCAGGGAUUCUACGGAUUUGUUUUAUUUAAAGGCGGAAGAAGCUCUCAAACUUAAAGUCAAUCCACCAGCUGGAUUUAUACUUAGAUCUUUGAAUGUGGCAGACGCUCCUUUGAUUAACGAAGAGUGGCCCAAUCAUCAUAUGGGAUCGCUGUUCUUUAUAGAAAGACAGAUUCGCAUGUGCGUCAGUGCUGGAUUGUAUCGGGAAGACCCUCAAGAAUUGGUGGCCUGGUGCAUCAGAUUACAAGGCGGCUACUUGGGAGCGCUGCAAGUGAAAAACUCUUACCAACGGCGGGGAUUUGGCAGUGUAGUUACUAGGGAAAUCUCGUACCGCCUUGCCUUCCAAGGUCACGAUGUAAUGGCCCUUGUAGGUCACUCAAACAAACCGUCCGCCGGCAUGUUUAACAAGCUCGGCUUCCAAGUCAUCGACCAAUGCCUUUGGCUGAGGACGGAACCCACCAAAGGAGAUUUCACCUGGCCCGAGGGCGAAUAGUUGGGCGUUUAAAUAUCUGUAUUAAAAUAUUACGACUAUCGGUUGUAUAUGAAUACAAGUUUGGUAUAAAAAUAA